GUACAUGUGGGCGACGGAAGCGCGUGUGUUUGCACGAAUGACAUGAGGCGAGAUUUCUAUAUUUAUAAAAUAGACACUUAGUCAUCAGAUUGUCACGGGAUAUUUUAUCAUCUCUUCACCCAGAGGUCAUUCAUAGCGGAGCUUCCAAGUUUACGUCCAAACACAGGCUCAGUAUUGGCCGGCUCCUGUGUCAGCAUCACAUCAUUUUAUCGAUGUCUUUAAUACCUUUCUGGACCUCAAAAGGUGAAAUGACAUUGCUGCCUAUGUGUGGAUCAGAUACCCUUGGAUUUCAUCAAAAAUAUCUUAAUUUGUGUUCCAAAGGCAAUCGAAGGGCUUACGGGUUUGGGAUGACAUGAGGAAGCACAUUAUAGUUUAUGCACCAGAUGAUGUCAUAUCUGAUCCUUAUUUUCAACCUUUGAUUGGGUAUCAACAAAGACCAUGGCCUCCGCUGACCAAGACCAGGACCCACUGCAGAAUCAGAACCACUACUUGUGUGGUUCUGUAGCAGCGUUUGCCAACAUCGCCAUCACGUUUCCCAUACACAAGGUGCUGUUCCGCCAGCAGUUGUUCGGAGUGCCAGCAUGGGAAGCUGUGCGGCAGCUCCAGAGGGACGGUUUGCGCACACUGUACCGAGGCAUUCUCCCGCCGUUACUCCAGAAAAGCAGCACUAUUGCAAUUAUGUUUGGACUCUAUGAGGACUUCUCCAGGUUGCUGAGGUUACACGCUCCUCAAGCGCCCAUCCUGUUAACGGACAGUAUUGCAGCAGUCUUAACGGGAACCGCUGAAGCAGUCUUGACGCCGUUCGAGAGGGUCCAAACUUUACUGCAGGAUCCACGUCAUCAUGGAAACUUUCAGAACACUGCACAUAUUUUUCGUGUUUUGCUUCAGCAACAUGGCAUCCGAGAACUUUACCGUGGCCUUGUCCCGAUCCUACUCAGAAAUGGCCCUAGCAAUGCUUUUUUCUUCGGUUUGCGUGGACCAAUUAAGGAGCUGCUCCCUGAGGCCGAGUCAAAGGCAGGGCAUUUGGUUAAUGACUUUGUAUGUGGGGGGAUUCUGGGAGCGGCUCUCGGUGUGCUGUUUUACCCUCUGAAUGUAGUGAAGUCUCACGCACAAGUACAGAUUGGAGGGGAGUUCCAGUCCUGCAGGGUGAUACUGGCGACCGUUUUGAGAGAGAGGGAUGGGAAGGUGAGCCGUCUUUUCCGAGGUGUGCAUUUGAACUUCCAGAGAUCUGUUUUCUCAUGGGGAAUCAUAAAUGCUGCAUAUGAACUAUUACUGAAAAUGCUCUGAUUGAGAUAAGAAAGAACAAAGGGGGAAUUAAAGUCAGAGAAAGGAGUGAAAAUUAGUCUUCCUUACUCAAUUUCUGCUGCUAAAUACAUAUUGUGCAAUAGACAAUUUGUUAAAGUAUGCUAUAUUAAAAUUUCACCCUAGAAAUGAAAAUUCUGUUUUCAUUUAUUUAUCCUCAUGUCAUUCCAUAUGACUUUGAACCUAAGGCUUACUGAAAGGGAAAUGUUUAAUUUGAUCAUUUUUAGAAAAACAUGUUUUCUUAAAUUUGUGAUACUGUUCAAAAGUUGAGGUUGGUAAGAUUUUUUUAAUGUUUAUAGAAAAAUAAGUCUCUUAUGUUCACCAAGGCUGCAUUUAUUUGACCAAAAAUGCAGUAAAAACAGUAAUAUUGUGAAAUAUUACAAUUUGAAAUGUUUUCUUUUUUUUAAUACAUUUUAAAAUGUAAUUUAUUAACCUGAACUUUCAGCAGCCAUUACUCCUUUAGUCUUUAGUGUCAUAUGAUCAUUCAAAAAUUAUUCUAAUAUGCUGAUUUGGUGCUCAAGAAAUAUUUCUUAUUAUUAUCAAUGUUCAAAACAGUAGUGCCGUUUAAAAGAACAGAAUUUAUUUGAAGUAGAAAUCUUUUGUAACAAUAUACAUGUAUUUACUGUCCAUUUCGAUAAAUUUAAUGCAUCCUUGCUAAAUAAAAGUAUUAAUUUUGUUUAAAAAAAUCUUACUGACCCAAAACUUUUAAACGGUACUGUAUGUAAAUUUAAAAGACCUUAAUUAAAUGGAACCUAUUAUGCCCCUUUUCACAAGAUGUAAUAUAAGUCUCUGGUGUCCCCAGAAUGUGUCUGUGAAGUUUCAGCUCAAAAUACCCCACAGAUCAUUUACUAUAGCUUAUCAAAUUUGCCCCUAUUUGAAUGUGAGCAAAAACACACCGUUUUUGUGUGUAUCCCUUUAAAUGCAAAUGAGCUGCUGCUCCUGGCCUGCUUUCCAGAAGAGGGCGGAGCUUUAACAGCUCGCGCUUCGGUUGCUCAACAACAACAAAGCUGGAGAAUCUCACGUAGCCAAAAUGACGAUUGUCAGUAAUGGUGUUCAGCCUUACAUUGUUCAAACCAGAGUUGGACACUGAUGGAGAGACUCAGGAAGAAGUUACAACUUUUAGAAUGCAACUGGACGUCUCUGAAUGGUGAGUGGAUAAAUUUAUGUAGUUUCUGCGGAGUUGAUUCUGUUCAUCAACUAGCAUGUGCUGUUAUGUUAAUCUUUUGUGCAAAUUGGCACUCGUUUGUGAAGCAGUCCAGCGUAAAAUGACGCCAUGGCAACAACAACUCUUCCUCUUCUCUAAAGCAGCCUAACAUGUCCUCACCCCCUUUGUUGCGUGUUCCCGGGGGCAGGGUUUAUGUAAAUUUUGGAGUUUGUGAUGUCACCAACCCAGGUAGAAGCUCACAGUCUUUAAAAAACGAUUUCUGUAAAAGAAAAUAGCUCCCUUUGCAUUAAACUUUAGCGUCAUAACUCAAACAGCAACAUUACACACUAACUAAAGUUAAAAAAGUGAAAUCAUAAUCAAGGACUUGAUUAUUUCUUAUCAGGCAGCAGUACCCAUAAAAAGUUUUCUUAGCCAAUGGAAUGGUUUUAUUGAGGAAAGAGAAAUCACCUCAGAAGGAUCUUGCAUGACACCGAAAAUGAUUCAUGAAUGAAGCAUACUGAUUUUGUGAACUGAAUCAGCUGAUUCAUUGACAGACUUGAAAGAACAAUUCAUUUAUGAAUCAAACAUUGUUUCAUGAGUGCUCAUAAAAGGGUGGAUAUUCAGUGAAUAAUGACUUAAAUUCAUUUGGCUGCAGAAGACUUCUAUGAUACUUUUAUAUUGAUAAACAGUUUUGUUUUCAUUUUGGAGCAUGACAGCCCCAGUCUUAAUUCACUUUCAUUAUAUUGAAAAGAGUGGGUAGAAUUCAUCUUUUGUGUUACAUAAAAGAAUUGAUUUUUAACUUAACUAUCCAUUUAAUUCAGCAUCUGACUAGAUGAAACAUAUGCCUCAUCCAGUUUUAUGAAAUGAAUAAUGUUCGGAUUGGAUCACACAUGAGAAGAAGCGAGUGUUGAGAGAGACAUUGUUGACCUCAACUCACUCAGGGACUCUAUAUUCCCAGCUUUUUUUCUUUUUUUCUCUAAACUGACUGUACUGUGGUCUCUCAACCACAAAGUAUUCAAAUCACUAAGUAUGUCAUUACUAGGGUGGGAAUGAUCAGGAGCACAGUUUACUGUUUUUUUUUUUUUUUUGCUGCCAGCUUUAUAUAUAGUUUUGCUGAGUUAGCUUUGGUGCCGCCAAAUGCUGUAGACUCCAGUCACCAUAAUAUGACGACUUUGGUUUCAGUCCAAGCAUUGAUUAAUCAUCUGGAAACCAAUAAACACCAGAGUCAGUCUGGUGUUUGUGGUCGCUGUAGCUUUCAUGUGGUAACAGAACCAUCCCAUCUGAGCCAGAAUUCUUCAUGCUUUUGUGCCCAUUGAAGAUAUAACAGGUUAUUUCAAUGGCAUAAGCAAUGAUUUGGCCAUGUUUGGUUUGUGUUUCUCAUGCACUAAAAGCUUCUUUGAGUGACUCCCAAAUAUAUUUGGAUUUUAAGGUGAGACCACAGACCUCAGUUGAAAAUGGCAAAGUGCCAAGGUGCACAUUAGAUGAUAUCGGUUGUCUCUGUAAAUGUAAUUUGGUGCAGUUUUGUGGAAUUAAGAUUCGCCUUUAAGUUUUCACAUACUAUGUUGUCAAUCUGACACCAGUUCUGAUGUAAACAGCAGUGUAAAUGGAUUAGAUUUGUAAAGGGGCAGUUAAAGUAGAUUUUGUGCUCUAUUCACUUCCAUUUACACUACUGUUCAAAAUUUGGGGUCGUUUUUUAAUUUUUUAAAAAUAUUUUUGAAAGAAAUCUCAUAUUCUCACCAAGGCUGCAUUUAUUUGAUCAUAAAUACAAUAAAAACAGUACUAAAAUACUGUUUUAAUAUACUUUAAAAUUUGUAAUUUAUUCCUGUGAUGACAAAGCUGAAUUUUCAGCAGCCAUUACUCCAGUUUUCAGUGUCACACAAUCCUUCAGAAAUCAUUGUAAUAUGCUGAUUUGGUGCUCAGGUAACAUUUCUCAUCAUCAAUGUUGAAAACAGUUCAUACUAUUCAACUGCACUUAUAAUAGUUCAAACUGCAUACUAUUAAAUACAUAUGAAAUGCAAACUCCUGCAGUCACUAUUGACUGUAGCUUUCAGCUAGGAUAUGUCGUCAUCAGGUGGCAUCCAACAUUCUUCUGUUGUUUGACCCUAAACCACAACGUCCUCCAGUUGGCGGGUCGGCAUUGAUGGCCAGUCACGGCCCAUCUUCUCCUGGCUUCCAGCUCAACUCCUCCCGCCUAUUCCAAAGCCAACAAGAGGCUCUUUCUGCUGCCUCCCCCAACCUAUGUGUAGCUGUCUUUAUCUCCCUUUCUGCUAUUCCCAAAGCUUUGUGCAGGGAAACCCCUGCAACCAACCUCAAUUGGAAACAGGCCUUCCACCCUUUGUCCCUGCAUUGUUGUACAUGGUCCUGGUAUUUGGUUGCUUUCCUCUCUGAGGCCUCCUCGCAUCCAUCUUCCCAUAGGACUGCCAGCUCAGUCAUGAUGAUCCUUCUUCCCUGCUCAGACCAGAUAGCCACAUCUGGCCUUAGGGAUGUGUAGACAACCUGGGGAAAACAUAGUUUCCUUCCCAGGUCCACCCUCAUCUCCCAUGAUUGUGCUUCCUGUAGGAGGCUCUUCUUGGCCUUUUUGGAGGAGUGUGGCUUCUCUCCCUCACUGAUGAACUUUUUCUAUCUCUCCUGCUCCAAGAUGUCAGACAGUGCUUGGAGGAUAUUAUCCUGACUCUGUAUCUUCCAAGUGCAGUUUUACAUCCUGCCAGUAUGUGCACCAAUGUUCCUUUCCCUCCACAUAACUUACGCAACUGCGUCCUCCCUCAUUCCCCACCUGUACAAGUUUGCUGGUGAUGGAAGAGUGUCAUACACUGAUCAGAGCAGGAAAGAAAUGCGAAAGGGCUCCAGUCUCCAAAGUUCAGGCCACAUGAUCUUCCGCUUUGGCAAGUACCACUUUGUCGAGGCUUAAUGUACUCCCAGUUCCAAGGCCCUAGCCCAGGGGUAGGCAACUUCGGUCCUAGAGACCCGCUGUCCUGCAGAGUUUAGCUCCAGCCUUAAUCAAACACACCUGAUCAAGCUAAUCAAGCUCUUUAGGAUUACUAAGGCUAUAGACAGGUGAGGGGUUUUUUUUUCAGGGUUGGAGCUAAACUCUGCAGGACAGUGGCUCUCUAGGACCGAACUUGCCUACCCCUGCCCUAGCCCUUCGCUCUUCCUCCUCCAGGUGUCAAACUUGGCCUGGAUAAUUUCUCUCCUCUGCAUUAGGUCAGCCUUCCCCCAUUGCUGGAAAUGGGUAGUUCUGAGUCCUUGUCUCCCCAUGCACUGACUCCCAAUCAUGUCAUUCAACUUCAGCUUUCUCUCUGCCUGUGCCACUGCUGCAUCAGCUGCCCACUUGUGUCCUGCUCUUGUGGUGACAUCUGCACCUCUGAUCUUCUCAUCGCCUGAAUCUCUGUACAUCAUCACAGCCCUGCACUUCGCCACUUUGAACUCAACCACUGACGAUAGGGGUAGCUGUAACUGUCCAGAUCUGAUGUAUAGCCCUACUGAUGUGAAACUUGGUGGAAUUCCAAGCCACCUGUGAAGGUGUUUAUUCACUCGCCUCUUAAGUCCUUCCACUAAUGUCAUGGGCACGUAGCCACAUAAGUCUUGGUAGCAGACCAUGCUGAAAGAGUGAGGCCUUGAACUUGACUUGUAAACCUGAACACUUCUUUUUCAACAAUUCUUUUGCCUGUCUCUCUGUCCUGGACACACUGCUUCUGUCAUUAAGAGUGGUAUCAUACCACUUGCCUAGACAUUUUACUGGGUCUUCCCCUGGAAGUCCAUGCUGAUUAUAUCAGAGAUGGCAGAGAGAAUUAUUCAUUCCAGUGUCUGUUUCGCUUUAAAACACAAACUCUCUGUCAUAUUGUGUCAUUGUAUGUGAAGAGCACGAGCCCUCCCGCAUCGCGCUGUUCCUGUCUAAACGGAACAUCGAAACAUCCCACCACUGUAUGGCCAGAUAAUAUGAAAACUAUGUUUCUCGGCUGGAUAAAGCAAACCAGCUUCUUGCUAUGAAAGUUUUGAUGGAUGAGGAUUGCAAUCAGAGUAAAGACGAUUGGGGUGACGUACAGAAGCACGCGUGAGUCCGUUAUAUUGAUGCGCAAACAAAUCAUGUAUGAGCGCUCUCGACGCACUGAUCACACAUUGUAUUUAUGCACAGACACAUUUCAGUACAUUCACGUUGUUUUCACACACAUUCAGGAUAAUGUUUGGAUUUGUCCUGUGUAUGUUGCUGUAAGGGAUGGAACCGUUCGGUUCUCCACCCACGGUUCGGCACGCGCUUGCACUGCGGUUCAUCUCAAAUCUGACGACGCAUCUAUAAUAUGGUUUGUUGAAAACAACCUGCAAAACAGACAGACGGAUUCGGCUAAUGUAUGUUUCAGUCGAUGGAUGUGCAUUCUGGUUUCCCAACACAUUACAACUGCGAUGAUCAAAAGAACAUGGACAAAACAGUCACUCUAAACAAAUGUUCAAUGACGUGCCGAAUGCUCUAUGCCCUAGUCAUUUACGCCGUCAUCACCUGGGUGUUGAUAGUGCACGAGCGCAGGUGAGACCUGAACAUCUCACGUUGCUAUCUUUGUUUAACCUAAACUCAUUUAAACCAUGACAAUUUAAACAUUCAUCAGAACUCGUGCGCUCUGUGAGGAUAUUUGUGUGUGCGCUCAUCCGAAGCGCGUAUAUGGAGAGCCGCGUCACAGCGCGCAAAUACUCUUGCGCAAAUUCUCUUUCAAGUCUUGCACCUAAACGGACAAAAUCACACAAAAAUUAUGUCAACAUGCCCAUCUUAACGAGUAUCCUAACAAACAUAGUAGGUUAUGUCUUAAGAGAAAAACGAGACAGACAACGCAUGUGAAUCAGUAUCAGUGUACUGGAUCUUUGAAUUAUGUCUUAAAGGGACAGCAGUCUAAUAUUCCUGCUUUCUGUGUUUAAUGUUAAUCAAAAGACAAAAGACGAAGAAAUCACUCUUGACCGAAUAGCUUUUGUAACUUAAUGUUUCAUCUUUAUUUAGGCUAAUUAUUCAAAGAAGUUUAUAUGCAGUUAUUUUAUAUUUGAUUACUUUGUUCAAUUUCUGUACCUGAAAACUAUUGUUAGAUAAUUGAAAAACCUGUAAAGCAUUGUUGAUUUUUUUUAUUUUAUUUUUUUUUUAUGGGUGCUUUGGUGUACAUAAAUGUAUGAAUUAUAUUAAAUCAUAUCAUUUGGUUAUUUGGUGUACUUUUUUGGAAAGACAUCUAAAUUUACCUUGACAAAAGCUGAAAAAUACAGUUUUGUGAGAAUCACACUUCAAUCUGUUGGUUUACUUUGUUGGAUAUAGGCAAUGAUGGCAAAAUGGACGUGUUAAACAAGAUAAAUGGUGUAUGCUUAAUUUCACGAUAAGUGUACGAUUAAUCGUGAUUAAGGGUGCGCGAUUAAUGGCGAUUAAAAAACAUACUUGUUUUUCACCAUGUAGGUAGCCAUGCUUCUGGCCAAGAUAGAGAAAAAACUUUACUUCAACGCUCAAAAGAGAAAUGGUUCGAAACUGGCUAAUCUCAGAGGAGUCCGCUUCCUUUGGUAUGAAGCAGCCCUCCCCUCUUUUCCAGGACAAUGGGAUGACGCCUUUUGCUCAUAUCCUACGCAAUAGUUUCCAUAACCGGUGGAGUAACAUCGGACAUCUCUUGUAUACUUUAUAAGGUAUACCAUUUGGUCCUAGAGCAGAUGCUGAUCAGCUUUAUGUUCAUUUUCUCCGUUUACUCUCCAUUUUGGUUCACUGGUGUCAAACUCUUCCUCAGGAGUUUUAGUUCUGUUGACCCAAAAGUGUCACUAUGACUCUCUUUAAGGAAUCCUCCUCAACCUCCCGGAUCUUGCUUCUUCCAACAAAUUUUGGUGAAUCUAUAUGGGUCCUUCAUAAACUGAGCUCGCUUGGCCUCCUCCUCCUUUAUCAAUCUCUGAAACUUUUCUAGGUUACUCAGGAUAAUAUAUUUAUGAAAACCAUAAUAUGUUUUUUCAGGAUUUAUUGAUAAAUAGAAAGUUCAAAAGAACAACAUUCAUUUGAUAUAGAAGUCUUUUGUAACGUUAUAAACAUUUUAUUGUAAUUUUUGAUCAAAUUAAUGCAUUGUUGCUAAAUAUAAGUAUUCAUUUAUGUCAAAAAAAAGAGAGAAAAAAACCUUACUGACCCCAAACAUUUGAACAGUAUGCAAAUGUGGGAGAAUGAAUACACAAGCUUUCCUGCAUACUAUGAAGUUGAACUCUGACCUGCACAUUCAUAUAGUGAAAAGUCAUUUGACCUACGGAGGAUCAAAAUAUCAGUUUAAUCUCACAAACUAGACAUCAACAUGAUGUGAUUCAUAUGUCAUUCAGAAUUAAAAAAUUUAAAAAACACUUGAGCACAUACUUAGACUAUUAAACUUCAAUUAAGAAGAUAUAACUGAUAUAAAAAGAAAAAAAAUAGAAUAAAAAAGUAUUUAAUCUUGAACUUGGCAACAUUUAAGCUCAAAACACACUUUAAAACAACUGCAUGUGAACUGAGAGAUGAAAUCUUUAUAAACAUUAAUAUUUACCUCUUUUAUAUCACUUAGAAGAUUACAGUGAACAUUAUUGCAACUAUCCCUUUAAAUCAAGUUCAUAUUCAUGUUCUAAGUAGAUCAAAUGUUGUUCAUGUGUCAGACUGUUUACAAUUGUUGAUAACAUUAUUUUACUCAUGUUUACAAUUAAACAUGUUUUAUGCUUUUCCCCAUGUAUCUCCUGACCUCAGUUUGUUCAUGCCUGAUAGUGUCAUCUUAAGCUAUUCUAAAUAAAUGUAACUCUGUUUACUGCAAAUAUUUGUGUGUGUGUUUGUGAUGUUAAGUGUUUUACAACUUUGUAUUGGUUUUUGUGUUUUUUAAGUAAAAACUUUGUAACUUUUAAAAACAUUGUAAAAUGUAAUUAAAACAACUUACUGA